ACCCCAUGACUUCGGACGGCUUCAAGCAUGACAGCCACUCGUGACGGUUUCUCGGCAAUUAUUGAUCAAGGCGGCCACGGCAUCUCACUACGCAGAAGCCCAGUUGCAGCUCGCAAUACCACUAAUCUUGAUAAACUCACCCGUACUCAGACUUGCGAAAACAGCCGCCUCCCAUGUCUACCACGACGACCACUGAAGCGCCACAGAGCUAUAAGCUCGAGCUUAUGUCUGCUUAUGGCACUGUGUUCCGCGAUGUACUGAAAACCCCGCCUCGGGACUGCAACGCCUCCGAGGUCCCCGUCAUCGAUCUCUCCAACCUCCGGGGCACCGAGUCCGAGCGCAAAGAACUCGCCGCCACCAUCCGCGACGCGGCCGAGAACACGGGAUUUUUUUACAUCAAGAAUCACGGCGUUCCCAAGGCGACGAUAGAAGCGGCCUUCAGGCAGGCGCAGACCUUCUUCUCCCAACCCAGUGAGAAGAAGGCGCUCGUCGCACAGAAGAAGUCCAAGUUCUUCAACGGAUGGACAGAGAAGCGCGCUGCGCAAAUUUCGCCGACAGAGACCAAAGACCAUCGCGAGGGGUUCAGCUUUCGUUAUGACCCGCGGUAUGAUCCCGAGACCAAGGAUCCCGAUGCCGUGCCCGAAGAGGUGAAGCCGUGGAUGAAACAUGAGGAUUUUGUGUGGGAGGGAACGAGCCAUUUACCGGCGUUCAAAGAGGAAAUGAUUACCUAUUGGCAGAGCUGUCUCACACUUGCGAGAAGUCUUAUCAAGCUUUUUGCUCUGGCGUUGGAUGUACCAGAGACGUACUUUGACGAUGUCAUCACAUAUCCAGGAAGUGACAGUGUGGUCAAUUACUACCCCAAAAACACUGAAGCGCAAGACGCCAUCAUCGACGUCGGUCUCGGAGCACACACCGACCUUCAGUGCUUCACCCUGCUCUGGCAAGACAGCGUUGGUGGGCUGCAAGUCCUUACAAAGGAUGGUCAGUGGAUCAAGGUGCCGCCAGUCCCCGACACCUUCGUCAUCAACAUUGGCGACUUCUUUCAGAGGCUUUCCAACGACCGUUUCCAGUCGACGGUGCACCGGGUCUUCAACUACGCCCCCGAGGACCGGUACUCGAUGCCUUUCUUUUUCGGUUUCAACCACAACGAGCAGUGCGCCGUGUUGCCGACGUGUACCGACGAAAAGAACCCACCAAAGUAUGAACCGAUUAGUUGCGGUGAGUGGUGUCGACGCAGGUUCGACAAGACGUUCGAGUUUUCAAACUCGAAGCUGUCUAAAUAAGAGACAUUGAUGAAGAGGCACGACGAAGUAGAGUGGUCAACACUUCCAUUGUGCCCGUCGGUAAUAGAACUAGCAUUGAGAAAUGAAAUUCAACGAUGCUGAUCUUGAAACAA